AUGGACGAGAACCUGCAGGUGCCUCCAGCCCGCUCGCAGCCCACCCAGCGCGCGGCGUUAUCUCAGGCGCGUCCUGCGUUGAGUCUGCAGCGGAUUGUGGGCGCGGGAGCAUGUGAAGCUUGUCGCGGCCGCAUCACCAAGUGCUCGACCGAACGUCCCCAGUGCUCAGAGUGCCGCAAGCGGCAUACGCCAUGCAACUACCUUCAGCCUGCGGUCCGGCCCGUUGCUGCCAGUGCCAGGCGAUACCAUGGCCAGGUCCAGGUCCACGCACACCAUCACCCCCAGCAUGCCCUCCCCCGGCACAUCUUCGCCCAUCUGCGCUCCCAGCCAUGGCACGUCGCCCAGGACCUCCUCGCCCAGCUGCGUCGCGGCACCGACGAGCGCAGCCUCCUCCGUUUCCUUGAGUAUGGCAGUCUGCGUGUCCAGCUCAAGCUGGUCCCAGACACGACAUACCAGUUCACCGCUCCCUAUCUUGCUGACAUGAUGCCGCUGUUUGACGGUGCCGACAACCCCUACCUUGCCUCCAGACUGUACAAGGCCCUGUCAAACGAGACUGCCCAUCACGGCACCGACAUCCAGGAGCAGACUCACAGCGCCAUCUACCACGUGCCCUAUCCCGGCGCCCGCAUGUACGAUCCACGCAUGUCGCCAGACACGUUGAGGCCGUCCAAGUGGACUUCGAUAAGCGACGACGACGUCUUCCUCACCCGCCUUCUCGAAGGCUACUUCCUGUACGAGUUCCCAUUGUGGCCUUGCUUCCACAAAGAUCACUUUCUCGAUGACAUGACUGCUGGAAGGUCCGAUUACUGUUCACCACUCCUAGUCAGCGCCAUUCUCACCGCAGCCUGUCACGGCUUGAGUACGCUUGGGCAGAGGUCCGAAUUUUGGAACCCCAAAACCUACAGCUAUCGGUGUAUGGCUGAGACCAGACAGCUAUGGGAGCUGGAACAGUCACAAGCCGUGUGUAGUCUUCCGUCUGCUCAGGCAGCUACCAUCAUAGGCCGAAUAUACUUCGCCAAUGGCAUGGACAAAAUGGGCUGGACAAUGUGGUCUCACGCUCUAGCGCUUGCGGAUAGACUAGACUUAUUUGCUAAGAGCGCGCAGUACAAUAACGAGAAGGACCGCAUUUCAAGAACCAUCACAGCCUGGGGCAUCUUCUCUCAGCAAGCGUUCUCUUGCUUUUACCUUAUGAAGCCCCCACUGUCUCGACUUCCACCUGAGGACGGCUUGCCCGCGUACCAAGACGCACACGACUUCUUUGGCGAGAUUUGGGUCAAAUACCCUCUUGCGACACACGUGACCCCCAUCUACCUGGGACAGACAUUCCUGUCGCUCAUCAAGCUUCGAUGCAUCAUGAACGACAUAGCCGGAAAGGCUCUUCCAGAGGACGAUGGAGAUAACAAUCUCGAUAUUGAGCAGGCCGGUCGUUAUCAUUCUAUGCUGGUACAAUGGUUCCGUGAUCUUCCGGAACCGUUACAGCCACAGAAUGCCGCCAUGCCGACACAGCUUCUGCUACACAUGCAGUUCCACAACCUCGUUACCAUGACCUUCCAACCGUUCCUGGAAAAGGAAAAGUCUCUCAACUGGCCCAACAAUAGUGGCGCAUUCCAAAAGUAUACAGGCUUCAGUCCGGCACGACUGUAUGCCGCCUCGAAAGCGAGUCUACAGACGCUUCUCCAUAUGUUCUUCCACCGUCACGGUUUCGAGGCAUACUACAUAUUCCUACUUCAGGUCCUCGUUCAGCUAGGCUUCGAUUCGAUCGAGCGUCUACGCACCCCGGAAGCGCAACAAGAGCAUUUCCCAGCCAUAAUGAAAGCCACACGAGCCACACUCAUAUUGUGCGCCAAGGGCUUGCGCGAUCAAGGCCAUAACUUCUUCUUAUCUGAACUCGUGUUCCGCAUUUUGCGCGACAAGAUGAAUCCAGUAGACGUCAAGCUGCUCAAGGACUGGGCUCACAUCAAAGACGAAGAUGACAGGGACAAGUCGAUGAUGGAACACGUCUAUGGCGAAUACCCUGUCAACGUAGAGUCCAUCACCUCGGAUCCGACCGAACAACGUCUGAAUCGGCUGUUGCAGACUAUGGCUGAUCUUAAGCUUCCCAACGAUACUGCUGAGCCAACUCAGCAAGAUAAGGCAUCGAGGACAUGGCGAAGCAUCGUUUUUUGA